UACACUGUUGAGCCUUCUGACUAUCACCAGGAUGCUGUUCCUACCUUUAGAAAGAAGUUAUUUUGUUUCUCAGUUCAAUUCGACAUAUGACCGAGCAGACUUUUGGAAAGGUGUGCUUCCGUUCUGAUUGCAUUAAGAAGUACCCAGUGAUAUCUUCCAUCAACCGCCCGAAAGUUGCUGGGAAAAGUCUGUCCAAUGGAGCCCCGUGAAGCGAACUAUACCUCACAGACAGUAUGGGUAGUGGAGGACCAGGAGGAGGAUGUACCGGAGGACCCAGAGGUACUUGUCCUCCGUUUGAUCUACCUAAUAGUCACAAAAUACUCAUGGAUCGUCAUAGUUCCUAUUGGACUUUUCGGAAACGUGAUGGCGAUAAUUGUAACCCUACAAAAGGACAACCGACGAAUAUCAACUUGUAACUAUAUGACUGCUCUUGCCUUGGCCGAUUCUAAUACUCUCCUCGUGCUCGCGUGGGGGAUGGUUUUGAUGAGUUGGAGGACGGAUCCUCCCACUGAGUUUGCCAUGCAGAUGAACUGGUACCAAGGCUAUGCUAGCGCCGUUCUCUCGGGAUUCUGCCUGGCCGAGAUGACCAUCGACCGAUUGAUCGUGGUGAGGUUCCCAAUGGCGGCGCCCAGACUCUGCACGACGAGACGCGCCUGUGUCACCAUACUCGUAACAUUUGCGGUGGUUUUCGGCCUGAACCUCUACAUAUUUUUCAGCUAUGUGUACGAAUUUAAUGAAGAGACGGGUGAAGGCCUUUUAAAGAUGUCUGUGCCACACGCCCCUGAGUUAGAAACCCUCGGCAAUACCGCACAACUGGCAAUCGGGACAAUCCUCCCGUUCUGUAUCAUCGUGACGUGCAAUAUCUGGAUCAUAGUUGUUUUACGCAAUGCCUCUAAGAGCAGAGAGAUCAUGGGGGUCAGCAAGGACGGUCAAAAGGCCCGAGAAAAAGAGACCACGCACUUGACAAGGAUGUUAAUUCUCGUCAGUAUUGCCUACGUCGUGACGUCAAUUCCGUUCAGAUUGUGGGAAGUCUCAAUGAGCAUCCAUGAAGUCAAUAAACAAUACGACAUGAAUGAGGAAUACUGGAAGUUACGAUUCUAUUGCCAGCAUUUUAUCAUCUUGCAGUUCUGGGAGUUAAAUUAUGCCAUUAAUUUCUACCUUUAUUGUAUAGGGGGCGGUAAGAAGUAUCGAGAUGACAUUAGGAACAGGUUGGGAAAGGUCUUUCUCUGUUUAUCCCCGAAAUCGUUUGGAGAACGUCGUCAAUAGUCGAUGUUAGAGAACGAGAUAUCCAAGGUUUACUCAUGGUUGAGGAUGUACCUGGCAUUGUAUGCAAUCUAUUCGAUGGCCUUUACCUGAUACUCUCCCGUGCCUCUAAGGUUGUUCAAUAUAUAAAGAUGUGACAAGGCAAUAUUUGGAUUGAUUCAUACUGACAAAAUGGCCACCAGGCGGCCAUCUUGAAUGAGAGAUGUGCCAUUAUUGAACAGGGCCUAUCCAUGAUCGCGCGUGUCUGCCAAAUACAAGGCAUUAGACAGGUUUCGUAAGUGAACAAUCCUACAAUGGAAUCAAAACAGGAAAUCUCAGUUUUUCAACGACCAAAUAAACCUACGCUAUCAGAUAUCUAAACAGCCAAUUAUGACUUUUAACCAUAAAAUUCAGUGCAACAUGUCCACUAAUUUUCUAAAAGUCAUAAAAAUGUCAUACCACAGAAUAAUAAAUUUUGUGCAAGAGCGACAAAAUACCAUUCCGCACUGGUAACAUUACAAACUCCCAACGAAACACAAGUUAUCAGGCACGAAAAUGGCAUUGACGACCGCCUCAUACACAGACAAAGAUCUAUUAUAAGCGGGGUUGGAUUAACGACAAACCCUGUCAUUAAGAAAUUAAUCACCCAAUCACGAAAGUGUUGAAAAAUUAGAUAUCUAAUCAACAAAUUGUAAUUAAAAUCAAG